CUCUGUGAUUGAUACAUGGGCAACAAUCCUAAAUGACAGUGAAAAGUACAAGGCAGAUGGGUCACCACUAAGACUUUUCUGCACAAUAGGAGAUUUGAUUUUCAGCAUUGAUCCAGAAAAGAAAGUCACCGAAACUUAUGAUUCGUUUGCCAGUGGGAUGGACAAGAUUCUUCAAACUUUUUCCAUCAAAAAAGUGGAAGACGUGGAAAUGGUGUGCUUUCCUAUUAAUAAAUAUGAGCAUUAUUAUUUGGUAUGCUAUGGUAUCAAAACCAUGGGAUACUUUAUAAUUGACAAUAUUAAACGUGAAGCACAGCCUAAGAUGUACUAUAGCAGAGUUUUGGAGGUUUUGCAUUCUCACUUUUGCAAUUAUAUAAGUAGGAAUGAAAAUCCAAAUUUGGGAUCAAGAGUGCGGAAAAUGAAGCCUCGUUUUGUGAAAAUGCCAUGGCAGACUACUGACAAUUCCACAGAUUGUGGUAUCUUCCUCAUGCGCCAUAUGGAAACCUUCAAAGGAGAUGUCAAAAACUGGAACACUGACUUAACAGAAGAAGGGGUAAGAUUAGUUUAAUAUUUUACAUACUUAUAUACUGCUUUACAUUUUAGUGAUAUAGUUGACAUACUUUAGUGAUAUACUUA